AGCUCCGCGAGCAAGCAGAAGCUAAAUCCUGGCAGAUGCCAUGGCCGCUGUGGUGGCCAAGCGGGAAGGGCCGCCGUUCAUUAGCGAGGCAGCUGUGCGGGGCAACGCCGCCGUCCUGGAUUACUGCCGGACCUCAGUGUCAGCGCUGUCCGGGGCCACGGCCGGCAUCCUCGGCCUCACCGGCCUCUACGGCUUCAUCUUCUACCUUCUUGCCUCCGUCCUGCUCUCCUUGCUCCUAAUCCUCAAGGCGGGAAGGAGGUGGAACAAAUAUUUUAAGUCCCGAAGACCCCUCUUUACAGGAGGCCUGAUUGGGGGUCUGUUCACCUACGUCCUGUUCUGGACGUUCCUCUACGGCAUGGUGCACGUCUACUGAAAUGGGGGCCGGGUGCACAUAGAAGCUGCCCUGCCGUCGCCAGAAACUAACACCGUGUAGACUGACUUAGUUUUUAAAUGGUUGAAUUCGCUGCUUGUUCUGUAACGUUAUAAAUCACUUAGAUCUGAAGACGAAGAGCCUGUACUGUACUCAUUCUUCAGAUUAAAGGAAGUGUGAGAC